AUGAUUUCAAAAUGGUUAUUUCUGUCUCAGACGUCAUUUAUCCUCAACACUGCUUUACGUAUGAGUGUUUCUAGGUUGCCUUUUGCAAAAGACAUGGAUGAAAGGAUCCUAGAAUGUCCGAUUUGCCUUGAACAAUUCAAAGUGCCCACAAUGCUUCCUUGCCAACAUUCUUUCUGUCAGGAAUGUAUUUUAAAAUACAUACAUGGAAAAGGACGAUUUUGCCCGGUGUGUUCCCAGACAUUUCAGGAACCUGACAUGCGCAAAAACCUUUUGCUCGGACAAAUAAUUGACAGCACGAAUAUGGUAAGCCCAUUAUUCACUUUUUUUGUAACUUGUUGA